AGGGGGAGGGGCGGGGGUAGGAGCGCCGCAGCCGCACCGGACCGGCUGGUUUAGUAGACGCAUGCCCUCGCCUGCCCUGCCGAAUGCGUCGUUUUGUGUGACGUUUAACGCUGCAACAUUCGUUUGUCUGUCUCUCUCUCUCUCUCUCUCUCUCUUUCUUUCUUUCUUUGCUUCCCAUGUUUUUCUGUUUUUUUUUUUCCUUUUACUUUCCUACGAGUGUAGCGUCCGGUUUGCUUCUUGGGCGGGCCGCGUCCACAGCGCGGCGAUUUUGAAAGCCCCGAUACCUCCAGGAUCCGCUCUCACGAGCCGCUCUUCCUUGAUCUGUCUACAAUGCGUCGUACUCGGCGCUUGCCUGCUAUAAGCCUGCGUGGAGAGUAAAAACGGGAAUGACUGAAAUGGAAAGGUCCCAACACUCUCCGCACAUGAUGUGGGUGGCAACAAGACUUCGCGCUCAUGGCGACAGUCUCUGUCCUCAUCUCCGCUAACGUGCCGUCGGCUGACUCGGCGGAAACAGAACGCGCUUGCAUGUUUAGACAGUUGCGGACGGGAUCCUUUGGGCAGGUCAGUGCCGCGCUGUGUGCCCGAAGAAUACGUUAGACGCAUUUCACUGGGGCUUUUUCUUUCUACAUUCGCGCACGGAACCUCAGCUGGUUUUGGACUAUGAGUGUCGCCGAAGAGAAGAUCCUGCAUGGCCCGUGAUUAGAAGCACCUGUCUUCCGUGGUCGCCAUGACAGUCGCGGACCAGACGUCCGCCUGUGCCGACAAGAAGAAGGGGCCCGCAGCCGCCUCUCCGAGCAACGGAAAGAAGGGAAUACCUCGCUAUGGUCCGGACAGCGUGCACAGUUGGAUGACGGCAGGAGCAUGUGCUUUUGCAACAUUUUUCGGUGUCGGUGGAAGAAGGUCAAGCGGCUUCUUGUACGUGGCUAUAUUGGAUACGUUCAACGCCACCAGGUCACAAGCUGCAUGGCCCAUCAUAUUACUUGGCGGUGUCCUACUACUCACAGGUCUCGUUGCUGGGCCAUUAGCGCACCGGUACACAGCACGGCCGGUGGCCAUAGUCGGCGGUACUAUUGGAGCGCUCGGCCUCAUCGUAUCCUAUUUCGCAACCAACAUUGAAUACCUCGUUUUCAGCUUGGGCAUUGUCCAUUCCAUCGGGAGUGGCAUGCUGUUCGUCGUUAUUCCGACUGUCAUCAACGAACACUUCGUUCGGUACAAGGGCCUUGCCAUGGGCAUCAAUUUCGCCGGUGCCACCAUGGGCACUUUUGUCUUUCCAAAGUUCCUCGAAUUGGCAACCAACCAGUACGGAUUCAAAAGUGCCCUUCUGCUCUUCGGUGCUCUUUGCCUAAAUGCUGUUGCCUUCAGCCUGUUCCUGCGUCAACCUUCAUGGCUGAAGAAAAAGCUGAAGGAGCAGAAGGAGCAGCAAGUUCAGGCGGAAAAGUUGCGCAGCGUAAACGAUACUUCAGGGCACCCCGUCAAUGGCUGCCGCAUCGCUAUUCCGAACGGGCUAGCAGACGACAAGACAAGUGUCAAGAAGCUCGAAUUAGUGCCUGGAUCAUUUCGUCACGGGCUCACCGUGUUCUCGUGCCCCAUGUUUUACGUGGUGAUGUACUCUUACAUUGCGUUCAGCUUCGCGUUCGAGUGCUACAUCUCGCUGCUGGUGGACUUCACCAUCGACCGCGGAGUCAGUGUGUCUAACGCGGUGACCGUGCUCUCCACCAGUUCCGUGGCUGAUCUGGUCGGUCGGCUAACACUUCCUGCGCUGGCCGACAAAGGAUACUUCACUCGGCAAGCCCUGAUGACCGUCAGCUUCGCGUGGAUGGGAUGCCUCUACAUCAUGCUUCCCUUAGCCGAGAGUUACGCCGUGGUGUUCGCCAUGGCAGCUGCGAUUGCUUUCUGCAUCGGCACCACUGUAGUGCUUUUCUCUGUGCUGUGUGCAGAGUAUGUGGGCAUCGAGCGAGUGUCUAUGGCCUACGGCAUGGUGUCCGCUUCGGCAGGGAUGACGUCGCUAGCGAAGCCACUCGUCAUAGGUUACUUCCGGGACAAGGUGGGAUCCUACGACAACCUGUUUCGCCUGUGCGGCUCCACAGUGACGCUGGCCGCCAUCAUCUGGAUCUUCGUUCACAUCAGGAUCUGCGCCACCUCCAAGCAUACGUGGACGUUGGGAAAUGGCACACUGUGUGGCUCCCAGGACGCCAGUGUAAAAAAGAAGAACCAACCUUGAAUCGGCCGUUCUCGAAGCGAACGCGAAAUAUGAGCGCGUUGCGAAUCACACAUGCGCUUUUGAGCCAACGCCCCUCGUUGGCGCCUGCAUUAUCUGCAUGAAUAUGCUUGCGCGAGAUUCCUGUUGCUGAACCACCAUUCGCGAGCGUAAAUCAUUCCGGCGCGUGCGGGUUGUGUGCGUUGGUGAAUUCCUUCUUAUCGCCGCGCGCUAUAGAAGCGAAGGAGUGACCUGCUUUAGUUUCGUACAAACGUCUGUCUACAGAGCCACCCACACACUACUAUUGCCUAUUGAAAGACCUAUCAAGAGUUUUGUUGAGUGCGGCACGCGCUAUCCGUGGUUUUAAAGAAGACACUUCGACUCGCUUGGAGCUGCAAUUAUACGCAGUGACGAGUUUUGCGUAGAGUGAAUGUUAGGUCGAAGGACAAGCUCAAUGGGUGGAGAGCACAAGCGUUGCAUGCUGUACCACUGUACCUUAGCUCUUUUUCUGGCUGUCAGGCACUGAACGACUGCAUCACAAAUUACUUGCAUCCCCGACAAUUGGUGCUGGCCCAUUUCCAGUGGUUCUCAUGAAUCGGAGAUAUUGAAAUGGGGUCGGGUGUUGCAGCGGUCGGGUGUUGCAGCGGCAUUUCUGUACACGAAAGUUUUUUCUUAAAUUCGUAUUACAGAAGGGUGUGUCCGAAGAAAAGGUUACAAUAAUAACUUCUAUUAAUAACUAUGCAUACAUGCACGACACUGCAGACAAUCAUCUAAGAUAUGACGAAUGUCUUGCGCCAUCAUUUUUGUCAUUAAUUGUACGGCAUCUAUGGCUCUUCAUCAUAAAGUGAAGAACAAUACAAGCGAAAACUACCUCCACACAAUACGUUGCAAUAAACACGAAUAAAAAGAAUUUGUUUGCCUCCCUGUGA